UCGAUUCGAAGACACUCGCGUGUGUCGGUUCUGUAACAUUGCGGGUAGAUGAACAUGUCAAGGUUGACAAGUAAGAGACUGUGCAUUUAUCGAUUUAUUCGUAACCUGAACACAAAACAUGACUCAUGUGGUAUUAACACCUCUCCCAGGACGACCAGAUUCCUGUCUAAUGAAAACCACUGCGGUCCUCGGCACAAUCUUUCCGCAGUUUCUUCUAGGUGUGGGGGAUCAACAGCACAACGACUAACCGCAUCGUUGAAGUUGUACGAUGCAGGACUGCAGGGGAUAACACGUACGAGAAGUAUCCACAUAUCAGCUUCUACAAAUGCAGAACAUGCAUCCCAGAUUAGUGAGAUCUCUGAGGCCACCUAUGAGAAGCUGGCGGAUGAGACCCUGGAUGCCCUGGCUGAAUAUUUUGAGGACCUGAUGGACGAGUCUUUUACAUCCACGGAGUACGACGUCACCUUCUCUAGUGGAGUGCUGACCGUGAAAGUGGGCGGCGACCACGGGACUUAUGUCAUAAACAAGCAGACGCCCAACAGGCAGAUCUGGCUCUCUUCUCCAACGAGCGGGCCAAAGCGCUACGACUGGACGGGCGAGAGAUGGGUGUACGCGCACGACGGCGUUGGCCUGCACAAGCUGCUCUCCAGAGAAUUCUCUGUCAUUUUCAACUCUAACAUGGAACUGUCACAUCUGAUUCAUUCCUGACCGAAAGUUCAAAGAGAGAAUGUUCUGAUUUUUACGAAAAAAAGAGAGUUUUCCCUAAAAGAUUAGCAUUUGACAUACCCCUGUUGCGAAAGCCAUACAAAAAACCCCAACACUGUACAAUCAGUUUCUGUAAGUGAGGUGUGCACUGUCUGUAGAAGUAGUAAUUUAAUACAGUGAUUGGAAAAAAGCACUCAGAUUAAAGUACUAUGACAGACAAAUGUAUGUAUUUGACCCACUUACAGGCAAUAUUAUGUAAUAUUACUAUUUGUUCAUUCAUGUGAGUGUUGAGAUUUUUUUUUCUCAUGGAAAUGGAACGCAUUCUCCCUGAUGCUAUAAUGGUAUAGUGUUGUAGCCAUCAUUUCAGCUACCAUCGACUUAUUACAGUAGAGGAUCUGUUAGUGUCUUUAGGGUUCACCAAGCAAUUGACAGUUGAAGAUGCCAAUAACUGUCAGCAAAUGGCACAUUUUUCACAUCCAGCUCACACCUGCUCAUCAUUUUAGUUGACACAGCUUCUUUCUAGAUUCAGUGGUUCAGUUAAAUCUGUUCUUUCACUCCCAGAAGCCAGUAUUUGCGUCUGUGUAACGGCUUUCCUUAAACCAUACACGUGGAUCAUAUUCCGCACAUUUGGCGGAUUAUGGAGUACAGAUGGACAGAAGAUUCUUUUGUCCUUAAGCUUGUGUCUGUUUAUCCAGGGGUCGCACUUCAACUCACGUUUCUUUUCUCAUAUUUUACGUGUAGCUGAAAAAGUGCUUUGAAGUUUAUAUGUGUAUAUACUCUAUGCUAAAAUUCCUCAAAUAUAAAGAUGUAUAACUCAGAUUGUAUCUGUGUAAAUAACUUGAAUGAGAAUAAAGACAACAUUCAAA